AUUCGGUUUACAUAUUUGAUUUAGAAUGUUUAGUUUUAUUGGUUUGGUUCGAGUAGAAUAAAAUAUUCACUGUUCGAACAACAACAAAAAAAAUUCCUUCAUUUCUCUCUCAGCCCUAAAAAAGCUUCACGCCGGUUUGUUUCACCGCCGUUGUGCUUCUUCUUCUUCUUCUACCUGGGUUCUCUCUCAAACAAACAAAUCUCCGACGACUCAUUCGUUCCUCCCAGAAUCAGAAGAUUUAGUGAAAUGGCUUUUUGCAAUAAGCUAAGCCGUUUCGUGAGGAGGCAGAGUGAGAAUGCUUCCAUGAUUGGCUCUCUCAGGUCUUUCUCUGCUGAUGCCACUCACCAUAGAUUCCACCAGGAGACUCACAAUUUUCUUGAGCCAGAAUACUAUAUUGGUAGCUGGGAAGCUCCGAGUGAUCCGAAAGAUGCAGAGAGAAAGCUUGCUCAGCUUAGGAGAGAUUAUGCUAAGAAAGUUCGAGUGUAUCGUAAAGAGUACAUUCAUGAGAUUGAGAUGCUUCGUGUUGAGAAACAGCGUAAGGAUGAGGCUAGAUUGUUGGCUGAACGAGCUGCUAAUGAAGAGAGGCGACUCUUGAAGGCUGAGGCUGCUAAGGUUAGAGCUGAGGAACGUAAGAUUGCUGACGAAGAGUUCAGGCAAACUCUGCUUUAGCAUCGUACCUAACAAUCAAAAAUAAGAUGGAUUUUGAUGCUGGAUCUUGAUGCUUUUAAUGGGAAUUCUUUUGAGGGCAGUGAAACUUGUUAGUUAGAAGCUUCCUUUGUUCGGGCUGUAGGUAGAUGAGACAUCGCACACACACACACUGACCAAAGCAGUAUUCACUGAUUCAUUAAUUGAUUUCACGUACUUAUGUCUGCAAAUUAAUUCAGAAGAGUAGUACCACUCCUAGGUUUCUAUUUCUAGUUUGAGUUCCUCAUGUUUCUUGGUCACAGCCUCAGAGCAGUAAUGGUCAUAGUGCUUUUCUUCUUAAAGUUGUAAAACUGAUUCAAGCUUGAUUCACUGACUGGUUUAUGUGUUUAAUAAACUGUAGAUAAAAGAAAGAGCAGAAAAGCUAGAGAUGUGGAAGAUGAUGGGCCAAAAGAGGGAAGAGAAGAUCAAAGAGAGAGAGAAGCUACUGCGUGAACAGAGUUCACUAUGGAUCGAGCAAAAAGAACUGGAGAGGAAGAUUACAGAAGCCUUGGUUGACAACGUUGUUCUCUAAACCAAAGCUUCUCCUCUGAAUCUUUGUUUAAGAAACAAUCACUUUAGUCCUUUUGUUGAAGACAAGUCUUUUUUUUUUCUUAGAGAAGAAAGCGAAGGCUGUUUUAGCCUUUUUGCAUCAAGCACAUAAUGAGAAUUGUGGUCUUGUGACCAAUCUCUUGUUUGUUGUGGUUCUGGUGUCGUAAUAUCAUCAUUAAUAAGAAGUUUUCUCUUGUUGAUUGUUAUCAGUAGAAGAUUGUUUUUUGGUAAA